AAUGAGAGGAAGAGGGAGGAAAAAAACAAGAUUGGAUCAAGCAACGUGAGAUACUCAAAAAAGAAAUCCACCAUGAAAAAUCUCUGAAAGAACAGCAAUGUAAAAUGUAUGAAGACAAAAUUAAGUUCAUAGAACAACAGAAGCAAAAGGAACUAAUGAGACUACUCCCAGUGGACUAUGAAGAAGAGAGACAAAAAGAUAUAGAGAGCAUGAAAAUGUGCUGUUCCCAAACAGCCUCUUCUCUAAAGAGAGAUGAAACGAGCCAAAACCAAAAGCUUGGACCAAAAAACUAUGAACAGCUCAAAAACCUUUACCAUAGACUAGAUCUGACAAAAAUGCAUCAAAAUAAAAUGAGAAUAGCAGACACUCUUGAAAUCAAGUCUUCACUUCAGUUCCAGAAGCCACAGAAGGAGAAUGAACUGGUAAACUCAUUUUUACAAAAGCUGAUGAACUUGAACUACAGAGCAAGAUACACUGUCAUAAAACAUUGUAAUCAAGAAGCUGAAGAAGACAAGACUGAUAUACACCCAAUGGAUAUUCAGAUGGCUGUUUUUCAUUGUGCUGAUGGUUUUCUGAAGCAGUUAAUGGUGACUAAACUCUCACAGUGUCAGUAUGCGCUGCCUCUGCUUGUUCCUGAUCCAUUCACACAACAGACUGAGUUUCCUCUCUGGACAUUCAGACAAAUCAACAAGAGCUGGAAGAUGAAGAACAGCAACAAUGAGAUCAUCAGUCAAACCCAGCCAGUCUACAAGGCUGAGACUAAAAUGGUGGCUUUCUUCAGGUUUGGCUCUCUGUCUUCAUCUAAGUCUCAGCUGAUGAACAGCCUCAUCAAUGAGAAACACAACACGUUCUUCCACAGGAACUGCCCAGGCAGCAGCAGAACCAGAUUACUGAUGGAUGGAGUGGUGGAGAUCGCCUGGCACUGUCCUUCUGGGAAAAAGACAGAAACAUUUGAUGACUGUGUUGCUUUCUGUAAUCUUCAUGGUGAUGCAGCAGCCAAUGAGAAACAAUAUGAGAUUUUGACCAGUAUGGCUUCUGUAAACGUCCUCUUCUUACCAGAUUUUGGACAGAAGAACCACUACAAGGGUUUGGUGAGAUCACUCUUCAAAUCUCCUCAGCCUCUCAUUUGUCUGCUCACUGACAAUAACUGUGAUAAAACUGAACUGGGGAAUGGAAAAUUCAUAAUUGGUCUUUUGAACAAAAACCAAUCUGAUGUAUCUGAGCAAAUAAGAGAGAUGAUCAUAGUAACUUUGAACAAGCAGAAAAAGAGGUUCAAACUUGAAGAUGUGGCCAAACACACAGGAAUCAGCGUAGAUGAGGAUGAUCCAGAGUGCCAGAGAGGAAAACAAGCAGCAGAUCAGAUCAUGGAAUUACUGAAUGGAAAGGAUCCUUCAACAGUGAAAGAAACAAUCCUGCCCUGUCAGGGGAAACUGUGGCAUGACUGGUGCAAAAUUAACAAAGAGCUGCAUCAUCUACGAGGAGAAAAUCUAGAGGAAGAUAAAAGUACCAAACAUAAGAUAAUGAGAAAUAUCAGGGAAAAACAGAUGGAACAAGGGUUGAGUGAGUUUAUGAGGAACUUUUUUGAUACGAUGAAAUCACAGAAAGACAAUGAAAAAAAGUAUUUCCUCAGAUGGAUGAUGAAACUGUUGGAUGAUUUUACUUCAGAGAACCUCUGUAAACUUCAUAAGGUGUAUGCUGUAAAAUGGCAUGAAGUCUCAGCAUUGAAAACAAUGCCUGACAAAUCAGAUCAACUGCAGACUGAACAAACAAAUCUGGAAAAAAUAUCAGAUCAAAUUAACAGGACAAGUUUUGGCUUGGAGCACAUUUUGAGAGAGUUUGGUCAGAUCUAUGAAUCAUGGUCAUCUGUGAAAAAGAUCAAGGACUGUUUUUUCCCGAGUCUUGCAGCAGAGAUGAUGAUCUCUGGAUUUCCCAUGGAGCUGAUGGAUGGAGAUGCUGCUCAUGUUCCUCUCACCUGGAUCACUGCUGUUUUAGACGAACUUGUUAAAACACUGGGAGAACAGACCAAAAUCUUUGUGCUGUCAAUUUUAGGAAUUCAGAGCUCUGGCAAAUCCACCAUGCUGAAUGCCAUGUUUGGACUCCAGUUUACAGUCAGUGCUGGCAGGUGCACCAGAGGAGCUUUCAUGCGGCUAAUCAAAGUAUCAGAAGAGAUAAAAACAGAGCUGAAGUUUGACUACAUUCUGGUUGUUGAUACUGAAGGUCUUCGUGCACCAGAACUGGCUGGAAGGUCAACAGCACAUUGUGACAAUGAAAUGGCCACAUUUGUUGUUGGUCUUGGAAAUAUGACUCUAAUCAACAUCUUUGGAGAAAACCCAUCUGAGAUGCAGGACAUUCUUCAGAUUGUUGUCCAGGCCUUCUUGAGAAUGAAGAAGGUCAGACUGAAUCCCAGCUGCAUGUUUGUGCAUCAGAAUGUCUCAGAUAUUACAGCUGGAGAGAAAAACAUGGAGGGAAGGAGACGACUGCAGGAGAAACUGGAUGAAAUGACAAAAGUCGCUGCUAGAGAGGAAGAAUGUGAUACAGAAUGUUUCAGUGAUGUCAUUGCAUUCGAUGUACAGAACAAUGUGAAGUAUUUCGCUCAGCUCUGGGAGGGCAGUCCACCCAUGGCACCACCAAACCCAAACUACUGUGAGAACAUUCUAGAGCUAAAACAAACUAUUUUAACACAUGCUUCAAAAUCAGACGGCAUAAUGCUGACACACCUUAGAGACCGUAUUCAAGAUCUCUGGGAGGCUUUGCUAAAUGAAAAGUUUGUGUUCAGCUUCAAAAAUUCCCAGGAAAUUGCAACAUACAAGAAAUUACAGACCGAAUACAGCAAAUGGGCCUGGAGUCUUCGGAGUGAAAUGCUGGAAAUUGAAAACAAGCUUCACACCCAAAUAGAAAAUGAAGAAAUUCAUGACGUUGAGGAAACUGAUCUUCAAGAACAACUAAAUGCAAAAAGUGAAGAAGUGAAAAAGACAAUGUCUAAAUUCUUUGAGAAAGACAGAGAUGCAAGUAUACUGAAUCAGUGGAAAGCUUCAUUUGAGAUAAAAAUCAAAGAGCUUCAAGAAAACAUUGUGAGGGAAACUAAGAGAGAAUUAAAUGAAGUUCUUCAUCAGCGUAAGCUAAAGAAAAAGAUUGAUGAUCAGAGGACACAACAUGAAAACACUCUCUUUGAGCAGAGCAAAGAAUUUGCCCUAAAAUUUAAAGAUUCUGCAAAUGAUGAAAAUGUCAUGAAAAAAGGUUUUGAUUCCUUUUGGAAACAACAGACAGCUGUGAUAAUCAGAGACACUCCUAUAGUCAAAGACAUUGAAACAUUAAAAGACGUAAAGAAACUCCUCUGUGAGACCCAUGACAAUCUCCAUUCAGUCUACCUGGAAGAAAACUGUAAGCUCAGACAUAUGUUCCAUUUGCCAAGCUUUUCAGAGUAUGUAAAGGUACAGAAAUCUAAUGUAUUUACACAAACUGUAAACACUGUAAUGCAGAUGUUAGGUCGAGCUUUAUCUAAAGAGGAUGAAAUUCAGAUAAGAGCCUUAAUCACAGACAUUGCUGAGGAGACUGAUAAAAUGAUUCAGUCAUAUAACAUUGCAAAGGUGGGCUACAACAUUAGCUACAUUCAACAACUCCUGAAUUACAUAAAGACAAGAUUAACAAAGCAUGAGGAAGAGACAAAUGUGAAAUAUGUGUUCAAAAGACAAUUCUUUGUGGAUUUGGUAAGUUACAUAUGUCACAGAAUGAACAAGACAAUCACUGAUCAACACAAAAUUUUCAGGGAAGCAAAUGAUCCUGUUCUCUAUUUUGAGAGGAAGAAUGAAGAGUACUACAGAAUAUUCCAGAAAUACUGUCAAGGAGCAUCAUCAACUGCUAUUUUUGCUGAAUUUGUUUCUAAUAAACUCAAAGAUCCCAUUCAGCAGAAUGUCUACAAAAAAAUUGCCAGAGAUUUAGCAGAUGAAAUGAGGGCAAACUGUGAAUCACUAAAUGGGAACAGAUCAAACCUGGAGAAACACAUCCUGAAAACGCUGGCAGAAAAACAGGAUUUCAACGCAUACAUGACUUACAUUAAAAAUCCUAAAGAACAUUUCAAGAACUUCAUCAGAGAUAAAGUCAGUCAAUACAUCACUGAAAGAUUUGAAGAGUGUGUUCAACCCAAGAUGAAAAACAGCAUUAAACUGCUGGAGGAGAAGAUCAUGAAAGCAGCACAAGAAUCUACCAAACAGUCUAACACUUCUUUCUGGUUACAUCAUUUCACCCAACAGCUCUCUGGUGUUCUGGUAUUCUCUAUCAACUCCGCUAGUACUCGCAAUCUCAGAACUCAAAACAUUCUCAGCCAUAACACCUUGUACAGGUACAGACUGCCUUUCACCCUGUACCACAUUUUCCUGAACCUCAAUUCCUUCAUUAUCACUCUGGUGCACCUCAACUAUAGUCUGUUCAUUUACCGUUUGCGAUCGUUCAAUUUGCACAUUCUCUCCAGCCGGCUCAUUUACAUCAUGUACCACUCUAUCCACAUUGUCCUCCUCCUCAUUCAUGUUCGCUUGAACUUUAUGAGGACAAGCGAACUGUUUGUGGCCAAUGUCACCGCAUUCAAAACACUUUAA